CCGAGGGGAAGGGGCACGACAGGAGGGGUCCACGCCACCAAGCGGCCGUCGCGGCGACUUGUUUUCAUGGUACCACCCGGAUUCGAGACCCACAAAUUCUCCUACGUCCAAAAAAAAAAUAAAAGCCUGAGCAGGCCACCAGGAGCCGCGACGUUCGUGCUGAGCGGUGGGGCCCCUCUGCUGGGCCGACGGGGAACUGCCGCCUCCUGGACAAGGCCCGUGCUGGAGAGAGACGGCGCUCGGCGCCGGCGAGGCCUUGUUCUCUCAGCAGCAACACCCCGGCCGCCGCGACGCCUCGUCGGACACGGGCGAAGGCGCGCACGGCCCCUCACAGAACCCUCGCCAGCCCCUGACCCGCCGAGGCUCGGGAAGGACGCGCCCCGCCUGCGCCUCCCUCCUCCGCCCGGUUCCAGCGGGGGCUGCUCCGCGCCCUACCUGCCCCCGGCCCCCGUCUUCCGCCACCGGCCCGGCCCGGCAUUCCGCUGCUCCCAGCGGCGCCGGCGGAGGGCGGUAGGGACCGCGCCGCCCCUGGUUCGCCGCUGCCGUUCGCGGCGGGCUGGCUCCUCCCCGGCCGCUUCCGUAGCCAGGAGCGGCGGCAUGUGGAGGUCGGGGGCGGCCGGUGCGGUGCGGGCCGCUCGGCGAGCGGCGGCGGUGCGGCGGCGGAGCGGAGGCCCUCCGGGCACCCCGCUGGCGGGGACACCGGCCGCCGGCCGGGGCCAGACGCAAUUACAAUAUGUGUCAGAGGUGAAGAGCAGCACUAUUCAGUUCAUGAAUUUAAGAAAUGCAGGAACUCUGAACGACACAAGCUCUUUAGAUGAGACCACUUAUGAAAAACUGGCUGAAGAAACAUUGGAUUCCUUAGCAGACUUCUUUGAGGACCUGACUGAUAAGCCUUUUACCCCAGAAGAUUAUGAUGUCUCUUUAGGGAGUGGAGUUCUAACAGUUAAAUUAGGUGGAGACAUGGGAACAUACGUAAUCAAUAAGCAAACACCAAACCGUCAAAUUUGGCUAUCCUCACCCACUAGUGGGCCCAAGCGCUAUGACUGGACUGGACGGAAUUGGGUGUAUUCUCAUGACAGAGUAUCCCUUCAUGAACUACUAUCAAAAGAAUUUUCAACAGCAUUAAACACUAAACUGGAUUUGUCCUGCUUAAUAUAUUCUGGGAAAGAAGAUACUUGAUGAUAUUCUACCUCAUGGAAGUUUAAAGACUUUAACCACAAGCCAAGCCCUUCCUUGGAUUCUGAAGUACCUGAGCUUAAUUCUGUUGUCGUUUUUCUUGAUUUCACUAUGUUGUGCAACAAAAAUGAAAAUAAUAUAUUUUUUUCUAGUGCUCGGUCUUUGGGUUUCUGUGUCACUGCUUGAAUCUGUGUCCAUGUAGUACAGGAAGUCAAGGUCGCCCUUCCUAUUACUGCAGUUUUUCCUUUCUUACUGCAGAAGUCGGUCAUGGAUUACUGCUGUCUGUAGUCUUGUUUGGUUGUAAGGCCUGACCCACCUGGUGACUGCUGACCAGCGCACAAAUGCUAAACCUCUUUUGAUGAGACGUUCACCCAAACCAAGAAAAGCCCGUGAAUUGCACCGACCUAAGUUGUGGUACUGUGAAUGCAUUGAAUUAAAAUUUGUGGCUAUUGCCAGGGAGUAACGCAUCACAGUCAAAUUGAGCAUGUCAUAAACGAAAUGACUGUGGCAGUUAGAAACAUUUCAUUUUGUGUAAUGCAUGUAAUAAGAGAUUUUCUCUCAGUAUUGCAGAACUUGCUCUUUUCUCCAAAUUCUAAAUUCUAGUUUGUUUCACAUUAGGGUUUUUUUUGAGCUAAACUUUAGAUUACUUAGAGGUCUGUGUGGCUGUGAGCAUCAUAUGGAACUGGAAAGGCUGGUAUGUGAUGUUUAAGCUGUGCAGCAAUAUCUCUGCAAACACUUCAUUCUGUUAUCGUGGAUUUCUCUUUCUGUUCCCUUUCUGCUCCCUUCAAAGAGUAAAAAAUACAUAUUUUAUUGACCUUUUCUUUUUUUUAGUUGAGCUAAAUUAAUAUCCUUUCAUGGUAGCAAAAAUUUGCACUGAAUUUUUUCUGCUGCAUUUCUUAAGUAAGUGGGCCUAGAUUAUCUUUUUUCACCAUGAUACAAUAAGGUACCGUGCUGAUGCAGAAACUUUUGCCUUUUUGCUUCUUAAAAUUGAGCAUGAUACUUAGGCUGAUGAAGCUGUCUUUCUCAGGCUGUUAAAAAAAGAAAAUGAAAGAAAUUAUAUACGCUGGAUCUUAAAACAAAAAGCUUUAAAAGAAAUCAUGAAGUGCAAGAAGAAUGCUCCAAUACUUGCACUGUUGUAUUAUUAUCACUGGUGGUUUUUAAUUGCCUAUAAAAUGGAAACACAAAGUUGUUGACUAAUUCUUGAGGAAACAGCUGCACCAUACUCUUAUAAAUAGUUUAUCAGUGUAUGAAAAGAUGUUCAGAGCAAACUGUUUUUCCUUUUGGUUCCUCUGAUGCCUGUGGUUAGUUUGGCAUGAUUCUCUGGCUAGCUAGAAUUAUUACAGAUGUGAUUCAUUUUGUUAUUGAAAAACAAUAGCUAUAUAGUAUUGUUGCCCAGUAUUUGCAUUUAAAGUAUCAGCAUUGUUACCUGCUAUUUCCCACUAUUAGAGAGUAACACUUCACUGGAAGCAGCUCUUGGUUAACUGUGCACGCUGUUUGCAUGUUUUUCAGUCCAAAUAAAAAAUACGACAAUUACUGAAAUUUCAGUUCUACUGGAUGAGGUACAUACAAUGACUACCAAGUCUCAUGAGUACAAGAGUAAAAUAUGCUUUUUUUUUUUU